AUGUGCGAGACAUCAAACCCAUCUCCAUCUCCUGCUGCUCAGACGCUUGAAGCUACCACUGGUUUGAACUGGAGCUGCGUAGCCUGCACGAUGGUGAAUCCCAUUGGCAUGCGAGUCUGCGCAGUCUGUGGGACACUGAAUCCACGACCGGUUUUUCCAUUAGGUUUGAGACUAUGCUCGUCGAAGGCACUUAAGAGCGAAGAAAAUGCGUCGUUGUCGUCUUCUAGUGAGGAGAUUGAUGAAGACAGUGACAAUUCAGUGCAGGAUGCACGCACGUGUGGCUGCAAGAAUUUUGAUACGCUUUCUGAUGGACACACAUGCUCAAAGUGCUUUAUGCAACGAUCAAAGAUAGCAAAAAAGUCUAUUGAUAAGGUAGAAAAUGUAAAGAACAACGUCGACAAGAAGACGCAAUUAAAUAAACAGAAGCGAUGUAAACGCAAAGUGCAGGACCGAAUGAAGGUGGCGUAUGGGAUUUCUCUUUUUGAGCUAAAGAAGCUUAUAACAGAACCCAGCAGCAGUCGCUUAACCAUCACAUUGCAGACGUUGACGCAUACACUGGCAAUGAUGGAUGCUUCGGCCGACAAUGAGUGGGCAGACAGGAACUCAUUUCUAAUUCAUGGCUUUAGUAGUGAACGACUGUCUGAUACUGCAAAAGAUCCAGAGCUUUUAACGGUACUCGUAAAUAUAUUUCGAGGGCAAGAUCGGACGUACCCGGGGGAAGUGAGGCAUUUGGCAAUACAGUCUAUAAAUUAUUUAAUGAAAUUGGAUCGGCACAUUUUUGAGCGAGGACAAAUGGAGGAAGUAGUCAGACUAUAUAUCUCCGAUUUAUCAGCCUGGAACAAUCAAGGUAAUAUAGGUACUGGAAGCGGUAGUGAUCUGAAGAUUUCGCAAAUGAUUGUGGAGGAAUGUCUUAGUGGCUUAUCGAGUGCAUGUAAUGCUGAAGCGUUUGCUGUCCGUGAAUUGCUGGCGCACAACAAUUUGGAUGAGUAUCUGAAAUUUUUACUAAGUUUAGUUGAUGGAAAUGAAGAAGGCAGCGUUUUUCAUCCUAAUACUGUUAUGACGGCUCUCGAUAUCUUACAGAAAUGUUGCGUGAAGCUGCGAUGGAGAGAAAAUAUACAACAUGAACAUUAUCUGAAAAAUGACAAUGAAGCUCAUUGGGCAGCAUCAUUUAAUUCGGUUGGCGAAUUUACAUCAGCGCUAGCAACAAAGUUGAUUGUGUUUUUGCAUCAUGCUCUUCAGCAUAAGCACAUUCCAUUGCGUGUCAAAGCAGCAAAGUGUUUGAUGCUCAUAUUUGACUUUAUAUCUCGUGAAGAUCCCGAAUCAAUUGUAAAGCUAGUGACAUCUGAAUUGUUGCUUAAGUUCGUUGCAGUUAUUGUAAAAUAUGACGGCGAAGAGUCGGAAGAUUCACGACUCGCAAUGGUAAAUCUGUUGUUACAUUUAUUCGACACUUCUGCGCAACUUGUUCAAAUAUUUGUACGGAAGAACAUUUAUGUUGAGCUUUUUAAUAACAUGCUUCAAUUACUUCAAUCUUCGUCAAAAGGUCUGCGGACCAGCACUCUAAAGCUCAUUUUUGUGCUGACGCGCUCAGUAUGUACAAAUCAUACGUUGCGAUCUACGAAAAAUUCACAGCGCCAACAUACAAAUGGAUCGCCAAGUUUAGCGAAACAAAACAUCCUAUGUAAGGAAGGUUUUGGGUCAGGAUUGCCACGAAAAAGGCAAAGUCGCCAGCGUUUGAACUCUCUGACGGAUCCUGAUGUGCCAUCUACUCUACUGCAUGAAUUUAUUCGAGUCGAUUCGAUUGCUGCUGUGAAUGUGCUUCUGAACGAUGGCGUAGACUUGAACCCUCAAACAACAUUUGAUGAGAAAGGAAACGAAAUUGAUAAGCCUCUUAACGUUGCAGUGGAGUUUGCGUCGCUUGACAUGAUAGGAAUUAACGGCACGGCGCUGCAUGUUGCAGCUCGAUGCGGGCGUUGUGAUAUCGCUGCUAUCUUGCUGCAAUGUGGAGCACGAGUGCAGGCUAAAGAUCGAAAAACGAAUACUGUCAUGGAUGUGGCUAAUGCAACUGACAAAGAAGCAAGCGAAACGUUCGGCAGAUAA